AGACAACAAAGUCGCGAGGAGACAGAAAAAUUUUCGAGCUCAGGAUAAGACUCAGACCUCACAAACCACCAUGAGCUCCAGAAAGAGAGCAUCUCUCUAUGAGAAACUACAACGCCUUCGCACUGCUACCAACUCCACUGCUGUCAAUAAAACUUCAAUAAUUGUUGAUGCAUCGAGAUACAUAGAGAAUUUGAAGGAGAAAGUUGAGAGAUUGAACCAAGAGAUUAGUGGAACUUCAUCAUCACUUUCUUCAUCAUCUACUGAGAAUCAGUUACCUAUGCAGGUUACUGUGGAAUCCCUAGAGAAAGGUUUCCUGAUUAAUGUGUCAUUGGAAAAGAGUUGUCCCGGGUUGCUCAUCUCAAUACUUGAAGCCUUUGAGGAUCUGGGUCUUGAUGUGCUCAAUGCUAGGGUUUCUUGUGCAGAAAAUUUCCAGCUAGAAGCAAUUGGAGGAGAGAAUGAAGGGGAAGAUCAUGGGAUCAAUGCACAAGUGGUGAAGCAAGCUGUGUUGCAAGCUAUAAGGAACUGGACUGAAAACAAUGAGCAAGGUUAAUUUUGCUCCCUCCAACCUCCUUAAUCUAUAACUCCUUUCCCUUGGGAUGUAAUUAAAGACAAGCAUUAGUAAUGAUCAAGGGAUGUUCUGAAAUUUUCUUGUGCUUAAAACUAAGCUACUAUUACAUUCACAAAAUAGAUAUAUACUUACAAC